GCCGGAGCCCUGCGGCCCCUGCCGUCACCCCGGCGCCGGCCCCCUGGGCGGCGUCAGCAUCCGGAUCCGGAGCUCUGCCCCAGUGGCACAAUGCCGACGAAGCUGUGACCCCGAGGGAGGCCGAGCGCCGGUGGCCGGUGGAAGUCAUGCAGCACUCAGUCACCUGACAUCCCUGGCGAUGGAACUGCUGCCAUGUCCCACCAACCUCUCAGCUGCCUGACCGAGAAGGAAGAAAGCCCCAAUGAAACCACAGGAAAUGGACCCCCGAGUCUGGCUCACUCAAACCUGGACACGUUCACGCCAGAGGAGCUGCUGCAGCAGAUGAAAGAGCUCCUCACUGAGAACCAUCAGCUGAAAGAAGCCAUGAAGCUAAAUAAUCAAGCCAUGAAAGGACGAUUUGAGGAGCUUUCAGCCUGGUCAGAGAAACAGAAGGAAGAACGCCAGUUCUUUGAGCUACAGAGCAAAGAAUCCAAAGAGCGCAUAAUGGCCUUGAGUCAUGAAAAUAAGAAAUUGAAGGAAGAACUUGGAAAACUAAAAUGGAAAUUUGAAAAGCCAUUUGAGCGCGUCACUGGCCACUGCAGGUUUCCCAAGCUGGAAGCAGAGCACGAAAUGUUCCAGCUGAAGACCCAGGUAGCACGCCUACAGGCAGACAUGCGAGGCAUUGUUUCUGGGCUGCAGCUCAAACUGAACUCCAGUGGCAACUCGGACCACUCCUUCGUGGAACUUAGGAUGGAUGAAACAGAAGCAAAUGGGACAGUAAAAGAAAUCAAGAAUAAGAAUAGUCCCGAACCCACAAGAACGGACUCCAUUAAAACAGUUUCCAGUUUUGAAAAGAGAGCAAAUGACCGUUCAGAGUCUGAGACCCAGACAGAGGGGAGCAUGGAAAAGGAGAAUGAAGAGAAGAAAGGCACAGAGAGUGUUGGCAGUGAAGUGGAAAUGUUGAACCUUCAGGUGACAUCCCUGUUUAAGGAGCUUCAGGAGGCUCAUACAAAACUCAGUGAAGCUGAGCUGAUGAAGAAGCGACUUCAGGAAAAGUGUCAGGCGCUUGAUAGGAAAAAUUCUGCAACACCAUCAGAGCUGAGUGAAAAGCAAGAGCUUCUUUAUAAUAACAAAAAGUUAGAACUACAAGUAGAAAGCAUGCGAUCAGAAAUCAAAAUGGAACAAACUAAAACAGAGAAUGAAAAGUCCAAAUUAGCCACUCUACAGUCAACACACAACAAGCUUCUUCAAGAACAUAAUAGUGCUUUGAAAACAAUUGAAGAACUAACAAGGAAAGAGUCAGAAAAAGUGGAUAAAGUAGUGCUACAGCAACUAAAUGAAAAGCUGGAAUUGGCAGAGAAGGCACUGGCUUCAAAGCAGCUCCAGAUGGAUGAGAUGAAGCAGACCAUCGCCAAGCAGGAGGAGGACCUGGAAACCAUGGCUGUCCUGAGGGCUCAGAUGGAGGUUUAUUGUUCUGAUUUUCAUGCUGAAAGAGCAGCAAGAGAAAAGAUUCAUGAAGAAAAGGAGCAACUGGCAUUGCAGCUGGCAAUUCUGCUGAAAGAGAACAAUGCUUUUGAAGAUGGAGGCAGCAGGCAGUCCUUGAUGGAAAUGCAAAGCCGUCAUGGAGCAAGAACAAAUGAUCCUGACCAGCAGGCUUAUCUUGUUCAAAGAGGAGCCGAGGAUAGAGACUGGCAGCAGCAGCAGCAGCAGCAGUGGAAUAUUCCAAUUCAUUCUUGCCCCAGAUGUGGAGAAGUCCUGCCUGACAUAGACACAUUACAGAUCCACGUAAUGGAUUGCAUCAUCUAAGUGCUGAUACUUCACCUCCCAAAACUGUUGGUAAAUGUCAGAAUUUUUCCUCAAGAGUUGUACUUUUGUGUUAUUUGUUUUUAACUCAAAUGUUUGCUUCAUAACGCUUGCUGUAGGAGAAAGAAAAUGUAUCUGUUUUAAAUAGGAUACUUUUUAUAGAUUUUCAUAAACCAAAAAGAAUCAUUAACUACCACACUUCUGAUAAUAAAUUCCAUAAUUAAUAAUUUCUUAUAAUAAAUUCCAUAAUUAAUAAUUAAUUUUCAGUUUAUGUGAGCAAUUCCACUGCUCACACAGUUAAUCAGCAUGUGAUAACAUGUGACAGAGGCCAUGUAAUUAGGUGGAAGAAACCUCACUGAUAAAAAAAAAAAACUCUUAGGGAGGCAGGAAAAAUGAGUGGUCAGAGAUUUAAUCAAGAAGAAUGUCUCUGAAGUAUUUUUUUAAAUAAAGUAUAUUGUCAUUUUUCUUCAUCCAUUUAAAAUGGAUCCAUUUAGGGUUAUGUGUUUGUGUGUAUGUUGUCAUUUUACUGCAGCCUCAAUAAUUGUAUCAAAGUUAUGACAUGGCUCUUUUCAUGUGAGCACUGUGACCUUUUAGUCAAUAAUAGAACAGUGAAAAAAUAAUGGCAUACAUAAAGUAGAUAACAUUUGAUUUCCUAUAACCACAGUGGAAUGAAGCUACCUUCGUUCUUUCAUUGUGCUCCAGGCAUAUGGGCUUGUACAACAGAUAGUUUAUUAAUUUCUAAAAAGAACACCUGUCUUGAUUUUCUUCCUGGGUCAAACCAUAUCUUCAUAAUCACAAAAAGUAGUUAUUGCAAAAUAAAAUUUUGCUUAUGAAUGUUUUACAUUGUUCAUAAAUGAUUAAUUUCAUAGUAUGUAUUUGCUGUAUUAAGUUCAUUCAGCUUAAUAUAAGCUCAAUACUUAAUACUUUGUUUCAUUAUUUCUAGGAAUAUGGCAAAUCCCUCUAGUGGAGACCAGUAUGUAUUCUUUGAAUUAAAAGUUUCUCUUGCUAAGGUUUUCAAAAGAUAGAAAUUUGCCAUAUUUUAUAAAUCUAGUUCAUAAAACUAGCUAAUAAAAGUAAACAAUGUCUUUAUGCAUCUAAGUCCCAAAACAUUUAAGAGAAAAUUAAAAUAUCUCUUUUGUUUGUAUUUAAGAUCUCUUCUAGACAGACUUGACUACAUACACACAUAUAUAGUUAUCUUCAUGCCAAGAAGACAAAAUGUACAAAUGCAAAGUAAGGUAGAUUAAAAGAUCCUCUCAUCCAAUGCCAUCCCAGUAAUAGUGUUAAAGAUAUUUCUAAAAUAACUAAAAAUUUUGCCUUUUAUUUCUUGUUUAUAGUUUCUGGGGUACAUUUUCUCAUUUUUUAAAUAUUUAAUUAUUUUUUUUGUUUGAAGGCAGAGCAACAGAGAGAGAGAGAGACAGAGAGAGAAUCUUCCCUCCUCUGGUUCAUUCCCCAGAUGCCUAUGACAGCUGGGGCUGGACCAGGCAGAAGCCAGGAGUCCAGAACUCCAUCAAGUUUUCCCACAAGGAUGGCACGAACCCAUGUAUCUGAGCCAUCAUCUGCUGCUUUCCAGGGUAUACAUUAACUGGAAGCUGGACAGGAAGCCGAGUGGCCAAGACUCAAACCAAGGCACUCUGAUGUGGGAAUGCAGGAGUACCAAGCAGCAGUUUAAUCCACUGUACUGCAAUGCCCACCCCUCCUUGCCAUUUUAAACUAAAGAGAAUAGAUUUCUAUAGUGUCCUAAAUAGGGAAGAAAGCCAAAUAGUUUUACAUUUAAGUUACUGGAGAUACCCUUUUAAUUUGUUCAAGUGAAAAUAUUCAGCAGAUCAAAUUUUUGAAAUAAUAUCAUGAGUGGGCCUAUUAAGUCUGUGACCAACUCACUUUGGAUUACAAAAACGUUAAGCUAUAUAAUUGGUUUAAAUCAAAGCUAUUGAAAAGGUUAUCUGCAUUCCUAUGUUCAUUGCAGGAUUGUUCACAGUAGCUAAAACAAGGAAGUAACCUAGGUGUCCAUCAUCAGAUGGACAGAUAAGAAGAUGUGGUAUACAUACAAUGGAAUACUAUUCAUCCUUAAAGCCAGGGAAAGUCUGCUGUUUCCAACAACAUGGAUGAGCCUCGAGGUCAUUAUGUUAGGUGAAACAAGUCAGGCACAAAUACUGAAUGAUCUCACUUAUGUGUGGAAUAUAAAAAAUUGAAUUCCAGGGAUGGGAGAAAAGGUGGAUGGGGGAAUGAGAAAUGUUGAUCGAAGGAUACAAAGUUUCACUUAAAGAGGAGGAACAAGCUUUAGUGAUCUAUUGUACAGAAUAUUAACUAUAAUAAAUAUGAAUUGUAUAUUUCACAAACUAAAUAAAGUUUUUGUUUUAGGGAAAUCAGCAAACUUGGUAGACAACCUGAAAACUCCGUGUGUGUCUCAUCUAAU